AUGAGCGAACACAAGAAACUGAUGCGGAUGACCGCGCGAGCGUUCUACGCCACGAGCUACGCGCGCGAACGCCUCAACGCGCGCGCGGUGGCGCCGAAACCGACGACGUCGACCGACAAAGCCAACUCUGGGGACGUCGCGAUGAUGGACGUGGGCGCCGCGCCGAGCGCGGUCAAGGCGCCGGUGGUGGAUAAAAAGACGAAGAUCGAUGAUCCGCGCGUCGUGGAGGUGGUCGUGGACGCGCUGACGCGACGGACGUGGACGAGAGAGGAUGAUUUAGCGAACGAUCUCAAGUUGAGUUUCAAGCAAGUGCGCAAGUUGUUGACGUACCUCGAGCGAGAGAAGCUCGUAUCGCGGGCGCACGUUCGGGAGAAGGAUAAGGCGCGCGCGCAGGCGUUGGCGGAGCGUGGGAUAACGGAUGCGCCGGACGUGAAGAAGACGGUGAGUUGGUGCUCGUUGAAUUACGGACGCGCGCUCGACGUGACGAGGUAUCGGCUGCACGUGAUGAAGAAGCAGGCGAGACAACGCGUGGAUAAGGGCAAGAUACACGAGGUGUACGUGUGCGUCGGGCCGACGGAAUUUUGUGGGAAGAUUUACUCGAGCUUGGACGCGGCGGCGCUGUUGGAUCCGGUGGAGAUGGUUUUCAAGUGCUCGAAUUGCGGGUGCGAGGUGCGGCAGGCGGGGAAGGACGGGGCGCCUGAACCGGAGGGUGCGGCGAGAGAGACCAAAGAAAGCUUGCAGCGGCGAUACGACGAACUCGAGCGCCAAUUUAAGCCCUUGGAGGCGCAGCUUGCGAAGGCGAUGAAGACACCGGCGCCGUUGUACGGGACGUUGACGGAGUGGGCGGUGGCGAGAAAGCGAUACUCUCAAAACAAGGGCGGCGGCGGCGGUGGCGGCGGUGGGCGGCGAGGCGGUGCCGCACUCGAUGUGCACCUCGAGGAGACUAAAUUUGUCGUCGAACUCGGGUCCACGGCGGAGGAACAACAGAAGCAGGCCGAGAUUGACGCCAUAAAGGUUCAACCAGAGUGGGUGACGCGCAACCAAUUCGAGAAGGAGGAUGCCGCGCAGGGCGCCGCGGCGAACGGCGAAGAUGCGAAGGAUGCGGCGGCGAAACCAACGGCAGAUAAUGAAGUGCAAGAGCAAUACCUGCAAGCUUUGCUCUCAGCACUACAAAAACAGCAGGGCGGAAAGAAGCCCGAAGACAAAAAGGAAGAGGUGGCGGCUGACGUCGCCGCUGCCGUCGACGAUAUGUUCGACGAGUGGGAGGACGUGUGACCACGCUGUGCUCGUUCUAAUCAAGAUUGAUUUAGCUAUCAUCAAUACCGAUCUGAUUUAGACUACACUG